UCUCUCUCUCUCUCUCUCUCUCUCUCUUUCUCUCUCACACACACACACAUGGGCAAAGCUUCCAGAUGGUUCAGAGGCCUUCUCGGCCUCAGAAACUCCGAUCCCGGCCGCGACCACCCUCACAGGCCGCCGCCGGCGUCCAGGAAGAGGUGGAGCUUCACCUGGCCCGACGGAGAGAAGGACCGACAAAGGUCCUGGCCGGCCGUCUCCCCGGGCGGCGGAGACUCCGGCGACGACUCCACCAAGCACGCCAUCGCGGUGGCCGCUGCCACUGCGGCCGUUGCCGAGGCCGCCGUAGCUGCCGCUCAGGCCGCAGCCGCCGUGGUCCACCUCACGAGCAGCGGCCGGAGCAUCCCGACGACUGGGGCCGCCCGGGCUCAAGUUAGCGGGCGCGGCGCACGCUACGGGGCCCGUUGGGAGUGGGCGGCCGUUAUCGUCCAGUCGCAUUUUCGUGCCUAUUUGUCGAGAAGAGCUUUACGGGCACUUAAAGCAUUGGUGAAGCUCCAAGCACUUGUGCGAGGUCACCUUGUAAGGAAGCAAACCGCUUAUGCUCUUAGACGGUUACAAGCGCUCGUGAGAGCACAAGCUCGAGCUCGAGCAUCCCGUGCUAAUUUGAAUUACGAGUCUCCACAAUCGAGCAUGAAAUCAUCGCACUUCAAUUAUCCGGGGCCACCAACUCCUGAAAAAUCCGAGCGUGUUGUUAUUCGGGCCAGUUCAACGAUGUUCAAGAGAAACAACUCGAAAUCAAACAGCCGAACGAGCGAAAAAUCGUAUAAUCUCCAAACAGACGACAAGAUUCUCGAAAUCGACAGCUGGAACUGCAAAAACCGGGCCCUCUCCCACUCAAUAUCAAAGGACUCCACAGCCAGUAGUUUCCCAUUGGGGCAAAGCCCACCGUCCUGUGAAGCCCAAUCCUCAAGCAUGUUAAGCCCAACUUUCUACUCAGCAGCAUCUUCAAACAAGGGUGGUUUUACUCCUACGGAAAGUGAUGGGUCGAGAAGCUGUUUUAGUAAUUAUUAUUCGGAUUUUCCUAGUUAUAUGGCUUGUACAGAGUCGUCUAGAGCUAAGGCGAGGUCGGUUAGUGCACCCAAACAGAGACCUCAGUUUGAACGGUCGAGCUCGACUAAAAGAUACUCGAUUAAUGGGUUUGGUGAUUUGAGGUCGGGUGAGAGAAUUUCUGGUUUGCAUGCGGAAUUCACGAGCAAGGCUUAUCCGUGGUCCGGGAGGUUAGACAGAAUUGGUAUAGCUUUGCAUGAUGAGAAUAGUGCUGAGUGUUGUACUUGUAAUGAGCCAGAUUUAACUAAAGAAGGAAAUAUGACUUCUGUCUGA